GCAUUGAUGGGUUAUAUUUCAUUGUUCAAAUACCUGUGAUUUUUUUGUAUCGCAUUAUUUUCGAGUAGUGUUUCCGGUAGUCCAUGGUAAAUAGUAUAUUCGUGACACAUAACGAUAGUCUGGGCUGGUGUUAAAAAUACACCAAGGUAAACACAAAGUUGGACAAUAAAAUAUCAACAGUCGUGGUCCAGGUCCGGAUGUCCAUCCGUCCCAUAUCCUCCUUGGAGGUGACCAAGAACAUCUCGCUGCUGAGCAGCGAGAAAAAGAACACCAAGGUGGUCAACCUGAAAUUGGCCACGCCCGAAGACAAGCCGCUGGUGGUGAUGCUGUCGUGGCUGAUGGCCAGGAAGAAGCACGUCUACAAGUACGCCGACGUCUAUCUGCGGCACGGUUUCGACGUACUGAAUAUCAGCAUCAGUCCGUGGCAGCUGUUGUGGCCUACCAAAGGGUCCCAGAUGGUGGCGAAAGACGUGCUGAAAUUCCUCGAAGUGAAUUCCGCCUAUCCCGCCCUGGUCUUGCACGGCUUCUCCGUGGGCGCUUACCUCUGGAGCGAGGUGAUGGUGCACAUGGCCGCAGAACAGCAAAGAUACGCCGGCGUUUUGGACCGCAUAGUGGGCCAGAUAUGGGACAGCGCCGCCGACGUCACCGAGAUACCCAAAGGCCUGCCGGUGGCCGUCUUUCCCACCAACGCGGUGCUACAGAACGCCCUCAAGCAGUACGUCAUAUAUCAUAUGAGAACGUUUGAUAAGGUAGCGACAGUCCACUAUAUCAGGGCCAGUCAAAUGUUCCAAACUAAUUUGGUUCGGGCUCCUGCUCAGAUAUUCAUCAGCAAAACGGAUCCCAUAGGAACAGAGGAAUCCAAUUUGAGAGUGAGAGAAACUUGGGAGAACAUGGGAAUACAAGUGAAUUGGAAAUGCUGGGACAAGUCUCCGCAUGUUGGCCACUUCCGGAUGCACCCUAAAGAGUACGUGGCGGCUUUGAAUUCUUUCUUGGACAGCCUCGAUUUGCCGCAAAGCGUACAAAUCGAAGAAAAGAAAAAACACAUGGCGAAACUCUAACUGUUUAUUUCGCGGGCAGGUCAAUUUUGAAUCCUUCAAAAAAAAAAUUGAGCUUCUGGUUGGUUCCUGAAAACCAACCGAAUUCGUUUCUGUGAAGCGAAUGAAAAAAAAAACACGUGGCAAAUUAUUUUUCUACUCUCUCUCCCAGAAUUUUCUAUUGAAAAUUUGAUCUGGUCUAUUGAUUUUAUUGAGUGAGAUGGAGUUCUGUUGAAUUGUAUGUACAGGGUGUCUGGGUUGGUCAUCAUCUACCAUCAGAAAAAUAAACGCUCAUCAGGGGGGAUGAUACGGUGAAAUAAAAUUUCAUGUCGAUCUUUUUUUUCCUAUGAAAAUAGAUUUUGAAAAUCAAAUGAAAACUGAUCCAUUCAAGCCUAACCAAUAUUUUCGUUUUUUCUUUAUUAAUUUAUGAAAAAUUACGAAACUAGUUGAUGGUGUUUUUCAUUUGUGUUCAAUUUUGAAAUUAUUAAGGGUGACUUAAAUUAGCUGGAAAAUUAGGGAAGAGUAUUGAUAAAAAUUAAAUAUACAAAAAAUGAAAGGAGUAACAUAUUCUGUAAUUUUUUCAAAUUGUUUCUCUGAUAGGUAAAUUUGGCUGCAGAAAUGAAGAUUGAAUAGAUGGCCAGCAAUAACAGGACACCCUGGAUGAUUGUUUUCAAUUGCACUUGCUCAGAUUUGUUCUAGCGGCUCUGAAUAAUGAUUUUAAAAUAUUGAUGAAAAAUUUUCGGAUAUUAUAUUUUUUCUAUUUUCACGGUUAACUACUAGAAAUUUUGGCAGAUGAAAAUUGAAACACCUGUACACUCUUGAUGGAAAAAUAUGUGCAGUUGAAAUCUUAACAAUGCUUUCCAUAAAAAAAUGCUUUUGAAGUGAUUGGUUACUUACGAAAAGCAAUGUUCGUACUUUAUUUCAAAAUAUUUCUGUUUCUCAACAUUAUUUUGAAACUACUUCUGUUGCACCGAAUGACCUAGAUAAAAUAACCAGAUGAGAUUUUUCACUUUUUCCUCAGCAUUUUGUGGACUCCACAAUUUUACACUUAUUGUAUAUAUAGGUAUUGAAAAUACCAAACAGAUUAUAGGAGAAUGAAUAUUUAUUGAUAAAAGAUGAAAAAAUGUACAUUAUUAAAAAUUUACAUUAU